AUUUGUUCCACCCAUGCCCGUUUUUACCACACUAUCUUCACACCAAUGGGCCAAGACAUAGACACCUACAUCAAGGUGGUAUGGAUGAUAAUAUCUGCCACCAGCCCCUCCUCCCCCCAAAAGAGAAAGCAUGCCCUCAAGAAGUUCCACGACUUCAGCAACAAGUACUCCUCGUUCAUCGACCACUUGAUCUACAACUCCCAGUUGACCCCCACCAACCUCAUCAUCAGCUUGUACUUCUUGUACAAGUACCACCACCACAACCACGUCCUCCAGUUUGCCUACAACGAGCACGUCAUUCCCGACGAGCACGAGUCCAUCAACAUCUACCUUGUGGUGAUGUCGCUCAUCUUGUCCAACAAGUCGUUUGACGACCAGAGCUACACACUCAAGACCUGGCUCAACAUCAUCAACAACACCCUCUGCGACGAGAACCCCGACCUCGUCAAGGUCGACCUCAAGCUGUUGAACUCGUUGGAGGGCCACUUCUUGUCAUGCUUGGACUACAAGUUGUCGUUCAACGGCGCGUAUGGCGACAAGCAGUUUUGGAGCCUUUUGGCCACCUCGACCGUCUUCAGAUUGCCCACGUCCUCCGUCAACAAGUACAAGAAGUUGUUGCACAACGACACUCCUGUGGAGCCAGCGCAAGCUGUCUCCAGCUACGUGGCCAGUCCUGGCUACUCCUGUGCCUACACCACCUCCUCCGUCUCCCCCAAGCAUGGGUACCGCACCCCUCCUAGCAUUUCGCGUGCCAGCUCGCCGUUGGACGCCUCGUUCUCUUCUUGCACCCUGAGCAAAAUGGGUGCCGUGGGGUACUCACCAUUGACACCAUUGACUCCGUGCUACUCGGACUACAACUACAAAAGAAGACAACUCCACUCAUUACAGCAACAGGCCAUGGUCAACGCUGCCUAUCCAGCUGCUCACGCAGGCUACAUGGCGCACAAGUACCAGCCCAAGCCCGUGUACUACAUGGUGCCCCAGCAGGCGCAGUUUGCGUUUGCUCACCAGAUGGCGGCGCCUGUUGCAUAUCCUCUGCAUGAAACAUUCAACCCUUACUACGCCCCUUCUACCAUUGCAACCCAGUGGUACUAGGCGGCCUGCAUUCUGUCUAUAACGAAGCUUAUGAACUUGUAUACUACGUGUGUCGCCAAGCACCUACAUAUUGGCUGGUCAGGAAAUAUAACA